UUAUUUACAGAUGUACCUGGUGGGCAAGCAAAUGAGGAUACUUAUGAGGUGGUGGCUCUAGGGACUGGGGUGACCAGCUACCAGGGUUGGCAGGAGUACCAGGGUCUCCUGGUUCAUGAUAGCCAUGCAUUGGUUGUGGCAAGAAGGGCCCUGGUAAGGUACCUAUACAAGGAAAUCAACAUGUACUAUAGUAAUGUGGAUGAGGCCCGUAAGAAGUGCAUAUUCUGUCCCUCGCAGCACAGCCAAUUUCUGAUGCUCAAACCAAAGAUUUUCCUGUACCUCUAUCUAAGCUGCAUGCCAGAAGUGGCCACUACGUCAUGCCCUGCAUGGGUACCAGCAUCUUCUAUACCUCUGAGCAUCCACGCUAAGGGCUCUUUGCUCCUGUUGUCUAACUGUCCCCCCAGUGUAGCAGCUGCCCGUGUGUGUUCUAUGUCCGCCACCGACAAGGUUCUUAAAUGGAGCGUCCUUGGUGUCCAGGGGGCAUUGCUAAGCCAGAUCAUGGAGCCGCUGUAUAUAACAAGCAUUGUAGUAGGGGGCUCCAUGCAACAACAAGAUUUGCUCUCUAAUGCUCUCAUUGAACGGCUGCAGCCAUCCCUAGACUUGUCUCUGUUCCAGCCCUAUGAGGUACAUACUCCCUACUUGUUUCUUGGGCCAGAACAUAACAACAAGCACCCUCCCCCUGUUCACCCCACACACAGCCUGAAUUGGAGCAAAGGCGAUAAGAAAGUG